AUUGACCCUUCGUGUGCCGCCGCAUCCGCCGGCAACAAGUGCUUGGUCAUGUCAAGCCCGACGGAAGGACUGCACCUCAUGGUGCCAAAGCACAUUCUCCAGAAUGUAGUCGAAGGCACCAAGUCCCUCAUGAGCGAGAAACGACUGCUCCAGCAACGACUGGACGAAGCGAGCGGCCGCAUAUUCGCGCUCGAGCGGCAACUCGCAGAUCAACAAAUGCGCACGGAAGUCGCGAUGCAAUCCUCUGCGAAAGCGCCUGCGUCAAGCGCAUCACACAAGUUUAAGAAUUUGACGCUGCAGGUCCUCAAAACAAAGCGCAAUGGAGGCGACGACGCGACGCCGUCGUCCGCAGAUCACAUGAAAAAGGACGAAGAGAUUUACAAACUGCGUGGGAAAACGAACGAGCUGGAAACGCUGAUCGCAGCGACCCGAGCUAUCACCCACCAGACGGCCCACCGCGAAGUUGUGUCGUCAACGUUGAAUGCAGCGCGGAAUCUCGUGUCUGCGCGCAUGUACUCACUGGCCCUCACGAACGACGGCAACACGUCCAUGAUGCUGUACUCGAUGGGGGUUCUCACCCUGGCCGCCGCCGGCGAGGAGCGCCACAACAAGUAUGGUGGGUUCCAAGACGACGGCACGAUGCCGGUCGACAACACGACUACGUUUGGUCAUGUCGUGAUGACGGGCACCGUGUUUGAUGCGCUGCAGGCGACGGCGACGGGCAUGUUUGAAUCGCAAAUGGACGACUUGGAUUUCGUUCCACACUCGGUGCUGUGCAUGCCCAUUCGCAAUGCCCAUGGCAGUAUUUUGGGCGCCUUGCAAGUUGUGACCCAGCGGCAGCACUCGGACGAAUACAUGCAAAACCAGGUCUUUACAGCACUGGAUAAAGAGCGGUUGGAGCAUCUGUGUGUCGUGUCAGGGUCGGCGAUGUGGAACUUGCGACUGUCGAGAGAGCGGCAAACAGCCCAGUCUCGCAUUGAGAUCCUUCUUCGGCUGAACCGCAGCAUUGCUGUCGAGAGCAACUCGGCUGCUGUCCUCGCAAAGAUCAUGGACGUGUCCUACGAGCUCCUUCACUGUGAGCGCGUGAGUCUGUUCGUCAAAAUCCAGGGCGAAAACGAUCUCUUUGUCGCCCAUGCCAACGACGCGGCGCGCGGUCAGUACAUCUCCAUCGACAAGGGCAUUGCCGGCCUCGUGGCGCGAACAGGGCAAGCCGUGACGACCAACAACGUGGAGGAGCAUCCAUGCUUUGACAAGGAGAUGGACGAGCGGACGGGCCACUCGACCAAGAAACUUUUGUGCGUGCCUGUGAAAGACCCCGACGGCACGAUUUUGGCCGUUGUCCAGGCCGUUAAUAAGAUCGAUCGAUCGGAUUUUUCCGUUGAAGACACGCUUUUCCUCAACUACAUCGCCGAGGCGGCGGGGAUUUCGCUGCACAAAUCGUAUCUGCACAACGAAGUCAUCAUUGCGAAGCGACUCACAGACGUGCGGCUCAAACUGUCCGACUAUGUGCUAAACCACUCGGACAUUCACAGCCUCACGGACUUGAUCAUGGUGCAUGGCAAAGCGAUCAUGGACUGCGAUCGAUUCGGAUUUCUCCUCGUCGACCAUCUCAAGAACGAGCUCUGGAUCACGUCCAACAACGGCAACUUGGGCGACCAAGUCACGCUUCGCCAGCCCAUUUACAAAGGCAUUAGCGGCCUCGUGGCAACGACCGGCGACACGGUGUGCACCCGCGACGCGUACACACACUCGCUGUUCGACCCGACGCACGACAACCUGACAGGGUACCGCACAACGAGCGUUCUGUGCAUGCCAGUCUUUGAAGAGCACGUCCAGAGCAAGCCCAAGGUCGUUGCGGUCGCGAUGUGCAUCAACAAGCUGCAGGGGUCCCAGGUCAUUUCGUUCAACUCGCAGGACAAACUCACGAUGCAGCGGUACUGCAAAGAAAUCCAAUACGCUCUCGGACAAAUGUCGCUCGAAGUGUGCUACUUCAAGGUUGUGAGUGACCGCAACCUGUCGGGAUCGACCGAAGUCACGGAAGCAGGCAUUAUCUCGUCGCUGCUCCAGAAGCACAGCCGAAACACGAGCGGGAUCAUGACCAACAAGCUCGACAGCGACCGCCGCGUUGCUGACGACGUGUUUGCCCAUGAGGUCAAGAUGACGCAGCGCCCUGAACUCGACUCGUGGGACCUCGACAUCUUGUCGUUUUCGUUCACGGAAGUGAUCCAGAGCGUGCAGACCAUCUUCCGCGCGUACGGAUUUGUCGAAACGUACGCGAUUCCCCAAGAAAAGAUGCAGUCGUUCGUGGCGUCGGUGGCCCAGCACUACCGCGCCAAUUCGUACCACAACUUUUAUCACGCCUUCCAAGUCCUCCAUGCCGCGCACAUCCAACUCAAAGUGUACAUGCGCAAGCUCCUGACCGGCUUGGACAUUUUUGCGCUCAUGAUUGCCGCUAUUUGCCACGAGUGUACGGAAGUGACUGAAAGGUCGCCGGGGGCGCGAUGGUGUGGUGGUGUACAUGGCGGUCCAUGGCAUGUUUGGCUGAACGAUGUCGAGGGCAAAAGGUGGCAUGACGAAUCGGCAUAGAUGUGGACCAUCCCGGCAACAACAACGACUUUGAAGUCAAGUGCGUGAGCUCGAUCGCGUUGACGCAUAAUGACGACGCGGUGCUUGAGCGCCAUCACUGCCGAGUGACAUUCCUCAUCUUGAACACGCCGUCCACCAACAUCCUGGAAAAGUUGACCUCCGAAGCGUUCCGGUCCAUCCGCCGAACGAUCAUCCGCUGCAUCAUGGCGACCGACAUGGCGAACCACUUCACGCAGUGCAAAGCCCUCGAGAACAUGUCGCGGCACCAGUUUCAAGACCCGUCGAAUCGCAUGCUCGUGAUGGAGCUGAUCGUCCACGCGUCUGACUUGAGUGCGCAAUCUCUGCCUUACAAACUCGCAACCAAGUGGGGCGAUCGCGCGCUUGACGAGUUUCAGAAUCAAGCGCGAGAAGAAGCGGACAUGCACCUCCCUGUCGCGCCGUUCAUGGAGAACCUCGAGUCCAAAGCCACGCGGCUUAGUGUGCAGUCCAACUUCAUCUGCUUCGUCUUGCAGCCGCUCUGGACAUCGUAUGGCAUGCUCGUGCCUCAAAUGCGGUUCUACACAGAUUCGCUCAACAACAACCUGGACCACUACCGCGCAGACCUGAGCGAGUACAAUCGUGCACAGCCCGCACAUCACCACAAUUCGACGUAGCUUUUGGUGUGCUCCCUAUCCAUGCUCCAUCAUACCGACGACCAACCUCCGUGGACGUUUUGCGGCGAUUUGAAGAAUAAUGUGAUAUCCAAUGAAAUUAGGAAAGUUCUGGUGAAAUUUAGUGAAAUUAGGUAAUUUCGCACUAAUUCGCACCGAUUAACAACACGAGCAAC